UUGGAUUUGCAUUCUAUAAAUUAUUUUAUCAACAUGAAAUGGGCUCCACAAAAAAAGUAACCUGGAUGUUACAGAUGGCAGUAAUACAAAUAAGGCAAUAAUUUCUGUGGCUUAUUUGAUCGAAAGGAUUUGGUUUAUCCUGGCUGAAGUCAACUAUUUGUUGGUUUUCCUCUCUACCUGGGAGAUAUCACCUUUGCUGAUGUUGAUGUAAACGAUGUCGAGACCAAAGGGAUUACUAUGGUUGCCUUUGAUCUUCACUCCUGUCUGUGUUGUUGUAAACUCAAACUUGCUACUAUGGAUUACAGCCUUUGCUGUACGAUUUACAAUAAUAGAUGGCCAAGCACAGCAUCCAGUUGUACCUACGAACUAUGGCAAGAUACGUGGCACAAGAACAUCUUUAUCUAUUGAGAUUCUUGGACCUGUAGAGCAAUAUUUAGGGGUUCCCUAUGCUGCACCACCUACUGGAGAAAGGCGUUUCCAACCCCCUGAACCACCUUCAUCGUGGACUGGUAUCAAGAAUGCAACCCAGUUUGCUCCAGUAUGUCCACAAUUUCCAGAUGAAAGAUCAUUAUUAAAUGAUAUGCUCCCUGUAUGGUUUACUGCCAAUUUAGACACAGUUGUAACAUAUGUUCAGGAUCAAAGUGAAGAUUGCCUAUAUUUAAACAUCUAUGUGCCAACUGAAGAUGGAGCCAACACAAAGAAACAAGCUGAUGAUAUAGCCAAUAAUGAUCGUGGUGAAGAUGAAGGUCAUAGGAGAAGCAAAGAGGAUGGGAAACCAGUAAUGGUCUACAUACAUGGAGGUUCCUACAUGGAAGGCACUGGAAAUAUGAUUGAUGGAAGUAUUCUUGCAAGUCAUGGAAAUGUAAUUGUUGUUACUGUCAACUACAGGCUUGGUGUCCUAGGAUUUUUGAGUACAGGCGAUCAAGCAGCUAAAGGAAACUAUGGAUUACUUGACCAAAUACAAGCUUUGCGAUGGAUCGAAGAAAACAUAGGAGCUUUUGGUGGAGACCCAAAACGAGUUACUAUUUUUGGAUCUGGGGCUGGAGCAUCCUGUGUAAGCUUAUUAACCUUAUCCCACUAUUCUGAAGGUUUGUUCCAAAAAGCAAUCAUACAAAGUGGAACAGCCUUAUCCAGCUGGGCAGUGAACUACCAGCCUGCCAAGUAUACGAGGAUAUUGGCAGAUAAAGUGGGUUGUGACAUGCUGGAUACUAUUGACUUGGUUGAAUGUCUUCGGGAGAAGAACUACAAAGAACUCAUUCAGCAGUCCAUCACACCAGCCACAUACCACAUUGCCUUUGGACCAGUCAUUGAUGGUGAUGUCAUUCCAGAUGACCCACAGAUACUCAUGGAACAAGGGGAGUUCCUUAACUAUGAUAUUAUGCUUGGAGUUAAUCAAGGGGAAGGUUUGAAAUUUGUGGAUGGUAUAGUAGAUAAUGAAGAUGGUGUUUCACUUAGUGACUUUGAUUUUUCAGUCUCCAACUUUGUAGACAACCUGUAUGGUUACCCGGAGGGGAAAGAUACACUCCGAGAGACAAUUAAGUUUAUGUAUACUGACUGGGCUGAUAAAGAGAAUCCAGAAACAAGAAGGAAAACUUUGGUUGCACUUUUCACAGAUCACCAGUGGGUGGCACCUGCUGUUGCAACAGCUGAUUUACAUGCUCGAUAUGGUUCUCCAACCUAUUUCUAUGCAUUUUAUCACCAUUGCCAAAGUGAAAUGAAACCAAGCUGGGCUGAUUCUGCCCAUGGUGAUGAAGUUCCUUAUGUAUUCGGUAUUCCCAUGAUUGGACCCACUGAACUCUUCAACUGCAAUUUCUCAAAGAAUGAUGUCAUGCUCAGUGCAGUGGUUAUGACAUAUUGGACUAACUUUGCCAAAACUGGGGAUCCAAAUAAACCAGUUCCACAAGACACAAAGUUCAUACAUACAAAGCCAAAUAGAUUUGAAGAAGUUGCCUGGUCUAAAUAUGAUCCAAAAGACCAACUAUAUCUACAUAUUGGUCUGAAGCCAAGAGUAAGAGAUCACUACAGAGCAACAAAAGUGGCUUUCUGGUUAGAAUUAGUACCACAUCUACACAACCUCAAUGAAAUAUUUCAGUAUGUUUCUACAACAACCAAGGUACCACCACCGGAUAUGACUUCAUUUCCAUAUGUUACACGACGCUCUCCUGUAAAGUCAAGGGCUACUACAAAGCGUCCAGCAAUGACAACAGCAAAUAAUCCCAAAGUAACACAAAAGAAUGGUAUGAGUGAAACCACUAUCAUUGCAGAAGACAAAAGAGAUUACUCUACAGAACUUAGUGUCACAAUUGCUGUGGGAGCUUCCCUUUUGUUUCUUAAUAUUUUAGCCUUUGCUGCUUUGUAUUACAAAAAAGAUAAGAGACGCCAUGAAACACACAGACGGCCUAGUCCUCAGAGGAACACAACGAAUGAUAUAGCGCAUAUUCAAAAUGAAGAAAUAUUGUCCUUACAAAUGAAGCAAUUGGAGCAUGAUCAUGAAUGUGAAGCUCUUCAGGCACAUGACACUCUCCGACUGACCUGUCCACCUGACUACACCCUCACACUGAGGAGGUCCCCUGAUGAUAUCCCUCUUAUGACUCCAAAUACAAUAACAAUGAUUCCAAACACAUUAACAGGUAUGCAACCGCUGCAUACCUUUAAUACUUUCAGUGGAGGCCAAAAUAGUACUAAUUUACCCCAUGGGCAUUCUACCACCCGAGUAUAGCUUUGCGAUGUUUUCCAUCAUCUGGGAGAAAAUAAAAACAAACAGAGAACUUGAGAAGAGGUAGAGAAGGAGUUAUUUUCUUACUUGUUCCCGUCUAGAGGAAUUGUCUAAUAUUCAUACGAUCAGCCCAAUAUGUGAAUUGUGUAAAUUGCUGUUAUGAUAAUGCUUAUGAAUUUAUCCCUGCUAGACAAAAUUUUGAUAAACUUAAUAUUUUGAACAUUCUCCUAGAAGAAAAUGGAUGUUUUCUCUAUUAUACAUAAUGAGGAAAGCUGCUCUGGAAGACUUUACUGCUUUGUUUUUGUUUUCUAAGUUCUCUAUGUGCCAUACAGAACACGGAGCCCUCGGUCAAAUACAUUAGUAUCCUAAGCUUUUUUAAAGCUGUAAUUCACAAUGGAGAUUCUAUUCAAAACAGAGGACUGACUAUGCAGAAUUAAAUGUAUAGUUCUGGCAAUGAAGGUAUAUGCCAUCAUGAACUGUAUUUAAAGAAGAAAAAAGUUUGUAAAAAUGUAAAUAGCUGUGAGUUUAAAAAAAUAUCUUUUAUUGUUGUUUUAAGUUUAAGAAAAGAACUUUUAGAAAGAUUGUGCUUUUAGUUGUGACCUAUGUGUAUAUACAUUAGUCAAACUCCAUCUCUGUUGCCUCCA